AUUUGCCUUGCUUCACAUUGCAUACGGUAAUAUCUCACUUCGGUCAAUAAGUAAAUUUAAUAUUACAACAGUUCCGAUGCUGCUUGAAUCGGCUGUCAUCAUUGAUUUGUUUUUGUUUCAUGCUGUUUUGGAAUUGAAUUAUUUUCAAAAGAAAAUGAUGAAAAAACUCCAAACAUAAUUCCAUGUGUUGUCAAAUGCAUUCGGUCGCAAUUCGGGUAAGAGCGAAAUUGUGCGCACGGGCAACACUAAUCCAUCGGCCAUUUGAAUCGGUUCGAAAUGUGCAUGUGUAUGAGUGUGUGUGUUCGUAGCGCCAAAUACCAAUACCAUGACACAAAACCGUAAAGCAUUCGUGUAUAGCAAGUAAAACGAAUGGAAAUUUACUUACGCGAUCGUCCUCCAUUUUAGUUUCUUUCGGAAAUUAUUACAAAGUCAGUGUAUGACUGUGACGGGUGUUUUGUCGUCCAUUUUUGGUUUUUUUUUUGUAAUAUUCAAUUUCAGACGCCAUUUUUUUCGGCAGACAUAUUUUAUAAACAUUUUAGCGUUAAUUUUGAAAACAAAUUCAUUUGCCGCAUCAAUUAUUUUUGUUCGCGAAAACGUUUCAAAUUCAAUUUUGCCCAUAAAAUUUAUUGCGAUUAAUUUGAUGGUGUUUCAAAUUUAUCGAUUGCCUACGAUUUAUGCGUGGCUGUGGCCAUUAUAACCAUUUCCAUAUUAUAUUCCGAGUGCAAAGAGAUAUACGGCAUUAACAGAAAAAAAAAAUUCGGAGCGAAGCACAGAAAUUGAAGCAUUCAAAAUCAACAUAACAUACGCCGUAACGAGUCCAUUGUUUGAACGCCGAGAUUGAUAACAUACAAAAAAUACGAUGUCGAACCACAACGAUAUCAUGUGUGAGGUCGAGAUAGAUUCGAGUAUUGUGGAAGUCGUCGACAAUGAAGCAUUCAGUGAUAUGGGUGUUGUGGCUUAUGAUCACUACGAGGUCAGAGUUGGCGAUGAGGAUCAAUAUGAAGAAGUUACCUGCGAAAAUGACGAUUCUCAAGGACUUUUGCUGCAAAACAUUGACGAUGAAGAAGUGAUUCUACAUUCCGAAUCGGAUUUACCUGUACAUGAAGAAGUGCUGGAUGCAUCUGGUGAUCCAUUGUGUGUUUACGGAGACGUGUCGGCAUUGGGCAAUGAAAUCUUUAUUGAAUCAUCCCCUGGGCCGUCUAGGUAUUUAUCUGAUUUGCUACCAAAUAGAAAACGAAAGACAGCCGUCAAACAACAAAGGGUGGUUAAUCGUGUUCGAACGACCAAUCCGGACGAUUUGAUUGCUAUCGAUAGCAUAGAGCAUAAGCCAGUGAUUAAACCACGUCGAUGGGAGCAAAAGCAAGUUCAAAUCAAAACAAUGGAGGGUGAAUUUAGCGUUACAAUGUGGGCGUCAGGUGCAUCAGACGAAGAGGAUGGAUCGAAUCCAGAACCAGAUCCAGACUAUACAGAGUAUAUGACAGGUCAAAAAAUUACACAAGACAGUGUAACCGGUCUCGAUUUGUCUGAUCCCAAGCAAUUAGCCGAUUUUGCGCGACCAGGUCACAAAACAAAAACAAAACGACCAAACAGCACCAAUAUCGAACAAUCACAUGACCGCACAAUAGGAUGCCCGCAUAAAGAUUGCCAUAAAAUGUUCCGUGAUAACUCAGCGAUGCGUAAGCAUUUGCAUACGCAUGGACCGCGUGUGCAUGUGUGUGCCGAGUGUGGCAAAGCCUUCGUUGAAAGCUCAAAAUUGAAGAGACAUCAGCUCGUACACACGGGAGAAAAACCAUUUCAGUGCACAUUCGAUGGUUGCGGUAAACGCUUUUCAUUGGAUUUCAAUUUGCGAACACAUGUGAGAAUACAUACUGGCGACCGACCGUACGUGUGUCCAUUUGAUGGCUGUAACAAGAAAUUUGCCCAAUCAACAAAUCUUAAGUCACACAUUCUAACCCAUGCUCGCGCCAAGCGAAACACCAGCGGCAACAAUCGCAACACACCAACCAUGGCUCCUCAAUCGUUUGUUAAAAUGGAAAUGCCGGUCGAUUUCGAUAGUAAUCAACAAUAUAUCGUUUACACUGAUUAGAAAUAGCCUUUAGACUAGAUGCGAUAUGAUUUUUGUUUGUGGUAAAAAAAUCAUAAGUGGAUAUGGAUAAUUAGGCAGUUGUAUGGCCUAUUUAAACAAAAUUUAACAUGAUUUAAUUUAGUUGUAAUUAUAUUAAGAUAAAACAACAGCAACAACAACAACAGAAAAUGCAAAAAAAAAAACAAUUGAAAUGAUAAAGUAAAGAGAGAGAAAAAAAAUCAGUUCAAAAGCAAAUAUUCAAAAAAAGAAUCGAUUGUUACUAUCGCGAGAAAAAAAAUCCAGCAACAGUAAAAGAAAGAAGAGCACACACCUCAACAGUAAAAGAAUGCAGCAAAUCCAGCGAAAUUCAACCGAAUUACAUUUAACAAUCAACAACAACAACAAAAAAAAACAACAAAAUAGUUUAAAUAUUUAGUUUUUUAAGCUUUAGUUCGGUAUACGUAUAAUUCAUUACACUUCAUUAAUUUUCUUCAAUUUUUCUUUUCUUUGAAACCAACAACAUCAACAAGCUUGAAAAAAAACCAUUUAUACAUACCGAUUAUUUACAUACCUCUUAACUUAAGAUAAGAGUGGAAAAUAAAUAAGAAUUUUAGGCUAGAAUCAAAUACCUCGAGAUGGAUUGUCUCGGUUUCAUUUCACGCCACUCAAAUUUUUUACAACAAAACAAAACUAAAGAAACAAGAUCAACCAAUCGCAAAGUCGCCACCGUUUUUUUAAAUCAUGGAUUCACAACUAAAUUGCACUCGCGAGCAUCACUGAACAAUCUCAAUAUUAUAUAAUUUACGCAAUCUAUAUCAAAAUCAGUUUCGUGCAAAAUGUGUAUUUAGCUCAUUUAAUUUGGACACCAUGUAUUUUUGUGUGAGCGGUUCACCUCCGAAUAGUCCAACAUUUAUCCAAGAAGAAGAGAAAAAAAAAAUCAUCAUUUGCAUGAUAUGUUUGUUAACCAUUUGUUUCACCAUUUCGAUUAGGCAAUUUUUGGGCGUAAUUAAGUCUUGUAAAACUAUUAACUUUAAUAGAAGAAACAGAAAAGAAAACUAAAAUCUGAGACUAACUGGGAAAAGUCUGCGUACAAAGAAAAAAAAAUGUAAUCGUUAAAAACUAAAUCCAAAUCCGAAAUCCAAUGCAAGCUCAUUGACGGAAAAUCAUUUGAAUCUUCUUUUGUUUUUUUUUAAAUGUAAUAAAAUUUUAAUAAUAAAUAGACCUGACUAACAAAAA